AUGGCGGUCAAUAUUACUGCCAUCAAGACCUCGUCGAACGGAGUGUGGCAGGGCGACAACCCCCUCCACUUCGCCUUCCCUCUGCUCAUAGUCCAGACCACCAUCGUCCUCCUCGUCAGCCGCUCCCUCUCCUUCCUCCUCAAACCCUUGCGGCAGCCCAAAGUCAUAGCCGAAAUCAUCGGUGGGGUUCUGCUGGGCCCUUCAGCCCUCGGCCGCAACAAGACGUACUUGCACAAUGUCUUCCCCGCGUGGAGCGAGCCUAUCCUCGAGACCGUGGCGAGCAUCGGCCUCCUAUUCUUCCUCUUCUUGGUCGGGCUCGAGCUCGACCUCCACUCUAUCCGCAGCAGCGGCCGUCGCGCCUUCUCCAUCGCCGCCGCCGGCAUCUCGCUCCCCUUCGCCUGCGGCGUCGGCGUAGCCUUCGUCAUCCGCCAUGUCGUUUCCGGCGCCGACGAGGCCGGGUAUGGCGCCUUCCUCGUCUUCAUGGGUGUUGCGCUGUCUAUCACGGCUUUCCCCGUCCUCGCGCGCAUCCUCGCCGAGCUCAGGCUGCUCAACACCCAGCUCGGGGAGACCGCCAUGGCGGCCGCGGCCUUCAACGACCUCGCCGCGUGGGUCCUCCUCGCUCUAGCCGUCGCCAUCUCGGGCAGCAGCAGCAGCGGGAGCCACCGGAGUCCGAUGGUGUCAAUCUGGGUCCUCCUCACCGGCCUCGUGUUCGUGUCCAUACAGAUGGUGGUAGUGAGGCCCGCGAUGGCGUGGGCGGCGAGAAGGACCGAGAGCGGAGGAGGGGAGAGCGAGGUUUGGGUCGCCCUCACUCUCGCCGGAGUUCUCGUGUCAGGAUUCUUCACGGACUUCAUCGGCAUCCACUCCAUCUUCGGGGCGUUCAUCUUCGGCCUCACGGUGCCAAAGGAGGGCGACUUCGCCAGGAGACUAACGGAGAGGAUCGAGGACUUCGUGUCGGUACUGCUGCUGCCGCUGUACUUCGCAUCAAGCGGGCUGAAGACGAACGUGGCAAGCAUCAAAGACGCAACAUCGUGGGGGAUUCUAGCUCUGGUGAUAUGCACCGCGUGCAUGGGGAAAAUAGUUGGGACAUUCGUGGCUGCCAUGGCGUGCAGAAUGGAAGCGAGGGAGGCGAUUACGCUGGGGGUGCUCAUGAACACCAAGGGCCUGGUCGAGCUCAUCGUUCUCAACAUCGGCAGAGAAAGAAAGGUGCUCAACGAUGAAGUUUUCGCCAUCAUGGUUCUGAUGGCGCUCUUCACUACCUUCAUCACUACCCCCAGCGUCAUGGCCAUCUACAAGCCCGCCCGCGCCGGACGCUACACCCAUGAACAUCGCAAGCUUCACCGCUCCGCCUCCUCCUCCGUCCCCGAUCCCAAGGAGCUCCGUGUGCUUGCUUGCGUCCACAGCCCCCGUGACCACCCCUCCCUCACCAGCCUCCUCGACACCAUUCGUGGCGCCGACACCAACCGGUGCCCCCUCAAGCUUUACGUGCUAAACCUCGUCGAGCUCACCGACCGCCCCUCCUCCAUCGUCAUGGCCCGCCGCAGUGGCCUCCCAUUCCGCCUCCCCCGGGAGGCCCGGGACCAGGUCGCCCUCGCCUUCGACGCCUACGGCCGGCUCGGCCGCGUCCACGUCCGCUCCACGACCACCGUCUCCUCCAUGGCCGCCAUGCACGAGGACGUCCGCGACGUCGCUGAGCAGAAGCGCGUCACCCUCCUCAUCGUCCCUUUCCACAAGCACCAGCACCGCCGCGACGGCGCCGUGGAGAAUGCCGGGCCCGGUCGGCGAGCUGUCAACCAGAGGGUCAUGAGGGAGGCCCCUUGCUCCGUUGCCGUACUCGUGGACCGGGGCUUCAGCGGCGGAAGACAGGUGGGGUCGGCCGAGGCCGCGCGCGAGAUCUGCGUCGUCUUCUUCGGCGGGCCCGACGACCGGGAGGCGUUGGAGCUCGCCGGGAGGAUGGCGCAGCACCCUGGCGUGCGGGUCACCGCAGUGAGAUUCGUGCCCGAGAAGAAGGGCGACGUGGAGCGGCCCAGCGUCACUCUUAGGCCGUCGCCACUGAAGAACGCCGACGAGAGCUAUACCUUCUCCACCGCCGUCAUGGACCGCCAGCGAGAAAAGGAAAUGGACGAGGCGGCCGUGGCAGCAUUCCAGAAAAAGACGGAGGGGGGGACAGCGAGGUACGAGAAAAGGCCGGCAGGGAACGUGAUAGAGGCAGUCCUGAAGAUUGGGAAGAGCGGGGAGUUCGAGCUGGUGGUGGUGGGGAAGGGGCGGUUCCCGACGUCGAUGGUGGCGGAAAUCGCCGAACAGCCAGCAGAGCAUCCGGAGUUGGGGCCCGUCGGCGACAUGCUGGCCUCGUCGAGCCACGGAAUCGCCUCAUCGGUGCUGGUGAUCCAGCAGCACGACAUGGUCCAUUCCGAGGAGACGCCGGUGUCCGUGGUUGUCGACGCUGAAUCCGCGGUGGUGGAUAUCGUCGACACCUAUGAUACACCCGGCUGACCGUAUACACUCGGUCGACACCUACGAUACACCCAACUAACCGGAUACACCCAGCUAAAUAGAGAAUUGGCGCUUAGCACAUGAAAACAUUAAUAUCAAUCUAUCUAUAAACCGCUCGAUAUGGACGGUUUAU